AUCAUAGAGUUCAAAGCAGCCCAACCAGUCACCCCUUGGUUCAAAGUAGUUAUCCAUAAACUACUAACAAACCAUAGCUUAGAGGUCCUAAAGGAGGAAAUCGAAAUCUUCAAUAAAGGCCUAAAGGUAGUAGGCAGCCUCUUCUGGUUAACACUAGAAUCUAGAAGAGAAAACCAAUACUUUAGAUCCGCCUGCGUAGCUUUUGCUACAGAACAAGAAGCCCAAAGAGCUAUUAGAGGAAAGCUCUAUAUUCUAGGGCAGAGCCUUAGAGCAGAGAAACUAAGAGUUAUUAAUAACUCUAAACAGUGCUCUAAAUGCCAAGGUUUUAGGCACCUAGAGGCUAAAUGCUCUAAAGUAGCCUGCCAGAUCUGCAGCGAAGCCCACCACACUAGCCUCUACAAGUGUAAUUCUUGUUUAAGCAGAGGCAAGCCUUACGUUCACACUAUCUUUAAGUGUGUAAAUUGUAGCAAGCCUUACGCAGCUAACAGCCAAAACUGCAAAAUCCUACAAGCUAGGACAUCUAGGAUUACUACCUCUUCUAACUAG